AUGGCCGAACCCAAACGCAUACCCCCACCAGACCCCUCCUCACCACGAAAGCCCUCUUCCUCCUCCCUCCUCGCCUGGGCUCCUUUAUAUCUAAAACGCGUCGAUCGCGUAGUUGAAAGGCUGAACAAGAUUAUAAGUACGCCGGCGGGAACGGAUUCGUUGUUGAAUGCGGCUUGUUAUUCUGCGUUGCUGGGAUCGGUGGUGUUGGAGCGGGGUGUUAAGGCCAGGGCUGGGGAGGUUGUUAGGAGGGCUGUGGGGGAGGGGGGAAAGGGAUCAAAUGGGUUUUUAGGCGGGGGAUUGGGUUUUGUAGGAGGAUAUUUUGGGUUAAAAGAACUGGGGGGUUUGGAUACAGCGAAGAGGUUAAAGGUGCUAAGUGCACUGAUCUCAGAAAUGCGUAUGAUGAGUCGAUUAUUCGGACUUUUCUCUCUCUGGGCAUGGGGGAAACGCGUUCUUCUGCGCUUCAGAAACGGGGAGAUUGGAGAUAGAACCGCGCUGGGUAUUGAGAGUGUGCAGGUGUUUGCGAACAUAAUCUAUCAAGUCCUCGAGAACGGCGCGUAUCUCAGCGGAAAGGGGGUGUUGGCUUGGAAUAAGGACCGCCAGAAAGCGGCGUGGUUAUGGAGUACAAGGGCGUGGGGCGUGCAUGUUGCGCUUGAUUUUGUGAGACUGGGGAGGGAGUACGCGGGGAGAAUGAGGUUGAGGGAGAAGGUUAAGGAGGUGGGGGAGGAGGGGAUUUUUGUGGGCGAGGGGGAGAGUGAGAGGGUUUUUUGGAGGAGGUGGAAGAGGCAGAUGGUGACGGGGAUGGCGUAUGCGCCGUUGAUUGUGCAUUGGGGUACUGAGGGGGGGGUUCUGGGGGAGGAGUUGGUUGCGGUGCUGGGGUGUGUGGCGGGGUGGUCGGGGUUGAGGGAGAAUUGGAGGAGGAGUGGUGAGAAGUAG